AUGUCUUCUCUAGCCAAAAAGUCCAUGAACUUCAUGAGAGACGUGUAUGCAUUAGCCAACGAGCAUACCAACGGUGCUUUACCCUCGACAUCGUCUUCCAAACCCUCAUCCAACUAUAGACCAAGUUCCAGUCUAUCGUCGCAAUUCAGCCACCAUCUCAAUUACGAUCGUCCAUCCAACAGACCAUCUACUUCAUACUCGCCUCGUCUUAGUCCGUCUCCACAAUUACAACCACAAUAUGGUCAACAUCAGCCAGUUCAUCAACCUCACGGGUCUUGGUCUAGCUCUCCGGACAUGACUCCAUCUCCUGGAUCUUGGUCACAGACUCCUCCUAUCCAAGGCUCGACUUAUCAGAAUCAGUCUCCCGUAGUAUAUCCCAACCAGGGACCACCGCUGAAUUACCAGAGCCCACCAUUACCUUUGCCCUCACCUGUAAUAUCGCCAUCUCCAUACAAUCCCCACGUCCAAUCACCCGGGAAUCAGUCUCAUUACUUCCAACCUCAGCCAGCCCUAUCGUUCCAGGCUUAUUCUCCAGCCCCAACUACUCAUCAGAACCCUCAGAUCUAUGGCUAUCCAAAUACUGGUCCUGGUCAGCCUGGAUCGUUUACAGCGUUACCACCUUCCCCUAUGUUGACUCCCAGUCCCAGCAGCCCACUCCCAGCUCACUCUCUUCCACAAAUGAACCAAGCGACGAACAUCACAGCCCCAACUACCUGGUCCCCGACCCCUGCAGCAAUGGAACUUCCUGGCUCAUACCCAAAACCUCCUCCCCUCCCUCGACGAAACAAAAUCCACCAACCACCCUCCACUACAUCCGAUCACGCCCAGACCAGUUCUCACCUCUCUUCUGGUCAGCAAAGUCUAGUCGAACUCCCCACAUUACAUGUUUCGGGUCCAGAUGCGACAUCAGUAUAUUAUGAGAUGCCAGCUGACUGUGUGAAACCCCCUUCACCAUCACCAUCACCGUCUCACGACCCAGAAUCAUUGCUACCAAUGGAACAUCCUAAACCAUCUACACAGGAUUCUCGUCACGGAUCUAACCACUCCAUCACAACCCUAGACGAUAUCCAUGCUUUAGACGGAAAGGCAUACGCUACGGAUUUUGUUCCGAAUUCUACAUGGAAAUGA